AAGAUACUUUCUGGUACAGGCGAUACGUACCACACAAUGCAAGACUAAAUGGCCCAUUUGGAUGGUCACCACGUGAUAAUAAUAACCCUAAGAAUUACUUACAGCUGGACCUUGGUGCUGUACGAGCCAUCACUGCUGUAGCAACACAAGGAACUGGAAAACCUGGAACGCAUGAAUGGAUAAAAACAUUUAAUCUUCUGUUUAAACAAGACAUAAAUUCAACUAAAUGGGCUGAAUAUGGAGGAACUUUACAAAAUUGUUAUAUGUGUUACAAAUAUUAUUACAACCCGCCGUGGGGCUGUUGGUGUACCGAUAAAGACAAAAAGUACAAAACGAUGACUGCUGACACUGUAGUUCGUCAUAAUUUAAAGACAAUCCAAGAAGCACGAUACAUAAGAUUCUUACCUGUAGAAUUUUUCGGUCUUGACAAGACGAUGAGAGUCAACGUGUUUUUCAUUAAUAAAGAAGCACCACGUGUCAACGCCACGCCCUCUGAACGAUCGAUAUUCCUACAAUGGACUAUUCAACCAUGUGGUAAACUAACUACAAAAAUCACUGGCUACCUGGUGGACGUAAGUACAAAAGGAGAGUUCGAGGUUGGUCUACGGAAUACAAGUAAAAACAUCACAGGACUUCAGCCAUACACUGAAUAUAAAAUACGAGUCAAGGCUGUCCCGUAUGGAUUAUGGAGUGAUAACAAGAMCAUCCAGACUGACAUAGCAGUUCCACAGGUAAUCAAAAGCGUUGUUACGUUACAGACACUCUCGUCAAAUUCUAUCAGCGUCAAAUGGAAGCAUCCACAAAACCAUUCUAUCAACGGACCAUUAACAGGUUAUAGAGUAACUUACACAACAAACAARGGCCAGACAAAGAAUGUUGACAUAGGUGUGGUCAACACGUUGAAUCUUACGUCACUAGAAAAGUGCACGUGGUACAGUGUAACGGUGUCAGUUAAUAACUCCAAGUACAUCGGUCCACCGAGUAAAAACGCCACUAUAAGAAUUGGAAAUGCACCGAUGGCCGGUCCCUCGAAUGUUUCUGCUAUCCCGACAAACUCUUCUUCAAUUGCUGUUUCCUGGGGUCCUGUAACAAUGGACAAAUUAACCUGUGACAUCACCGGAUAUGACGUCAAGUUGACACAACACGAAUGUGCAGAUAUCAAAAACGGUUAUUGGAUAAUUGAAUCGACCAAUAGGAGAUCUACGGUUUUCACCGGGCUAUUCACCUUCAACAAUGUACUCUGUUUCCGUGAGAGCAAUUACGAUAGCUGGCCCUGGUCCUUAUAGCAAACCAAUUUGUGUCUCAACCACUCAA